CAAGCAACUACCUCGAGUAGUAAGCUGACACUUCUUCUCUUCCCAUUGAACCAUCUAUUUUGGCUUCCUUGCUAGCACUAUAUAAACCCAUCCAACCUCAAGGGAGGUAGAACUUGAAGCUUAGCUAUUAGCCAAGCUAGCUUGGUAGAACUAUCACAUUCUGAUAUCCUCACCAACUCCUGAGCUAAUUAAGACCUUGCAAUGGGUGGCCUCUCCCUUGAGCACCCGUGGGCCUUUGCCUUUGGCCUCCUAGGCAACAUCAUCUCCUUCAUGACCUACCUAGCCCCACUGCCAACGUUCUACCGGAUCUACCGGAGCAAGUCGACGCAGGGGUUUCAGUCGGUCCCGUAUGUGGUGGCGCUCUUCAGCGCGAUGCUGUGGAUCUACUACGCGCUCCUCAAGUCCGACGAGCUCCUGCUCAUCACCAUCAACUCUGCCGGCUGCGUCAUCGAAACCAUCUACAUCAUCAUGUACCUCACUUACGCGCCAAAGCAAGCCAAGCUGUUCACGGCGAAGAUCCUCCUCCUCCUGAACGUGGGUGUGUUCGGCCUCAUCCUACUUCUCACACUGCUACUGGCUGGGGGCGAGAAGCGCGUCGUCAUGCUUGGGUGGGUCUGCGUCGGCUUCUCCGUCAGUGUCUUCGUCGCGCCGCUCAGCGUCAUCCGCCUCGUGGUGCGUACCCGGAGCGUGGAGUUCAUGCCCUUCUCCCUCUCCCUCUCUCUCACCGUCAGCGCCGUAGUCUGGUUCCUCUACGGCCUCCUCAUCAAGGACAAAUACGUCGCUCUUCCCAACAUCCUGGGGUUUGCCUUCGGGGUGAUCCAGAUGGGGCUCUACGCCCUGUACUGCAACGCCACGCCCAGGCAGGCGCCAAAGGAGGUGGACGAUCCCAUGUCUGACCAUGGUGGUGCCGUCAAGGCGCCCGAGCACGUCGUCAACAUCUCUAAGCUGAGCCCGGCGGCUGGCAUCGAACUCAACACAACCGUCAACGCCGAGCCGCCAUUGAAGAGCCUCGGCGUGGCUUGCGCCAACGAGGAGACCAUAGGGGUCAGCGUUGACAAGGCAACCCACGUCGAGCAAGUCUAGGCAGGCAUGUCAUGGAUGUAUGCGUGCUGUGCAUCCAGUGAGUUAGUCCAUAUGACGGGCAGGGAUGGAGCAGAGAUGCCAGGGAGAGACCAUAAAGGUGCUGUGCUUGUAAUCUCCACACUGUGGAUGUUCCAUUUCGAUGUCAAAUGUUGUUCCAAGUACUAGUAGGCUAGUAGCUCGCCUCUAAGGUUUAUCUUUGUUUCCAAUCACUUCGAUGUAACGGUCAGGUUACAAUGAUUAACAUUUUCUCGUAAA